GGGGUUUCGGGACCGAUGGCCCAGAAACCGCUGCGCCUCUUGGCUUGUGGAGAUGUUGAAGGAAAGUUUGAUGUUUUAUUCAAUCGAGUUCGAGCAAUUCAGAAGAAAAGUGGAAACUUUGACGAAAUUUCUUUGGCUCCACUCCAGAUGCUGAAUGGGAGGAGUAUAAAACUGGCAUCAAAAAAGCUCCUAUUCAGACAUACGUGCUAGGUGCCAAUAACCAGGAAACAGUAAAAUAUUUCCAAGAUGCUGAUGGGUGUGAAUUAGCUGAGAAUAUUACUUACCUGGAGCCAGUUGAGAAGAAGAGACUUAGUAGAUGAAAGUGAAAACUGAUGGAGCAAAGUCUUAAAGGCACAACCAAGGAAGAAAUUUAGAACAGUCACUAAUUUUUCCCAAAUAGCUGCUCUUUUGAAACGUUUUCCUUCAAUUGGCAGCUGUUGCCUGCAUGAAGCGGCGGAAAGGUGUCUUCACUGGAACCUCGGGGCUGCAGAUCGUGUACCUCAGUGGGACAGAGUCCUUAAAUGAGCCAGUCCCAGGCUACAGUUUUAGUCCCAAGGAUGUGUCUUCCCUGAGGACAAUGCUGUGUUCGACACCCCAGUUUAAGGGUGUUGAUAUCUUGCUCACAUCCCCAUGGCCCAAGUAUGUGGGGAACUUUGGGAAUUCUUCUGGAGAAGUGGAUACCAAAAACUGUGGCUCUGCUUUGGUCUCCAAUCUUGCCACAGGCUUGAAACCAAGGUAUCAUUUUGCUGCUUUGGAAAAGACCUAUUACGAGAGGCUUCCAUAUCGAAACCACAUCGUUCUGCAGGAAAAUGCACAGCAUGCCACCAGGUUCAUAGCACUGGCAAAUGUUGGAAAUCCAGAAAAGAAAAAGUAUCUUUAUGCAUUCAGCAUCGUUCCCAUGAAACUAAUGGAUGCAGCAGAACUGGUAAAGCAGCCUCCAGAUGUCACUGAAAACCCUUACAGGAAAUGUGGGAAGGAAGCACCAAUAGGAAAGCAAAUUCCUGCCCCUGAGGAAGAGUCGGCCUGUCAGUUUUUCUUUGAUUUAAAUGAAAAGCGGGGAAGGAAGCGUUCAUCUACAGGCAGAGAUAGCAAAUCUCCUCACCCAAAGCAGCCUCGCAAACCUCCUCAGCCUUCAGGACCCUGCUGGUUUUGUCUCGCCAGUCCUGAAGUGGAGAAGCAUUUGGUAGUCAACAUUGGCACACAUUGCUACCUUGCUCUGGCCAAAGGAGGCUUAUCUGAUGAUCAUGUCCUUAUCCUGCCCAUUGGACACUACCAGUCAGUGGUGGAGCUUUCCGCAGAGGUGGUGGAAGAGGUGGAGAAGUAUAAGGCUACAUUGAGAAAGUUUUUUAAGAGUCGAGGGAAACGAUGUAUUCUAUUUGAGAGAAAUUAUAAGAGCCAUCACCUCCAGCUACAGGUUGUUCCUGUGCCACUCAGCCGCUGUGCUACUGAUGACAUUAAAGACGCCUUCAUUACCCAGGCACAAGAGCAGCAGAUAGAGCUGUUGGAAAUCCCAGAGCACUCUGACAUCAAGCAGAUUGCACAGCCAGGAGCAGCAUAUUUUUAUGUUGAACUUGACACAGGAGAGAAGCUUUUCCACAGAAUUAAAAAGAAUUUUCCUUUGCAGUUUGGAAGGGAGGUCCUGGCAAGUGAAGCCAUCCUUAAUAUUCCUGACAAGUCUGACUGGAGGCAGUGUCAGAUCAGCAAGGAAGAGGAGGAGACCCUGGCUCGCCGUUUCCGCAAAGACUUUGAGCCUUUUGACUUCACUGUGGAUGACUAAGCAAAGGGACAGGCACUUGAUGAACUUCACAGGAAGUAGUAGCAGCCUGUGUUUUAAAGAAACUAAUCUCCCAUGGGGACUGUUUCCAUGCCUCUUUUUGGUGCAUUCCCAUGGAACCUGUCUGCAACAAGAGGCCUAAGAUGGAAUAUUUUUCA